AGUAAAAACUAUGCUAAAGGGUUUUCUGAUGUUCAAAUCAAAGUAAGAGAAGCUACAUCUAAUGAUGCUUGGGGACCAAGUGGAACUUUGAUGAACGAGAUUGCUCAAUUAACAUAUAAUGAACAAGAUUUUAUUGAAAUUAUGGAUAUGCUUGAUAGAAGAUUAAACGAUAAAGGCAAAAACUGGAGACAUGUGUUUAAAGCAUUACUUGUCUUGGAUUAUUGCUUACAUGUUGGUUCAGAAAAUGUUGUACUCUACGCAAAAGAAAAUAUAUAUGUUAUAAGGACUUUAAAAGAAUUUCAACAUGUAGAUGAUAAUGGAAAAGAUGUUGGAUUUAAUGUUCGUCAAAAGGCAAAAGAUAUUACAAGUCUUUUAAUGGAUGAACAACGCUUAAAAGAAGAACGUCGUUCUCGUCAUCAAAUGCAAGAGAGAAUGGCAGGUGUAGGAGAUUAUAUGAAUGAUAUGAUGUGGGGAGGUAGUCGAAACAAUGGUUCUGGAGGGGAAGAAAGUUCAGUUUAUCGUAAUCCAGGUUAUAUGGAUGAAGAUAAAGAUUUAAAGAAAGCGAUCGAAGAGAGUAAACGUAUGGCUGAACAAGAAGCCAAAAAGAGAGGAGAAGGGUAA